AUGCGAAAGAGGUGGUCAAACAGGUGGUUCAGGACUCUCAUGUGGUUAGCUUACUUGGUUGCCGACUCGGUCGCUAUCUAUGCCUUCGGACUCCUUGCCAAAGCCCAAAUCAAUGGUUGUACUUCAGACUCCAAGGUCGAUGCAUAUGGUGACCUUUUGGCAUUUUGGGCUCCCUUCCUUCUGCUACACCUCGGAGGACCAGACACAAUCACCGCUUUCGCGCUCGAGGAUAAUGAGCUGUGGGGUAGGCACUUGCUUAAUCUCUUAUUCCAGCUAGGCACUGCAUGCUAUGUGUUUUACCAAUCCCUCCCCAGUAACAAGUUAAUUGUACCAACCAUCUUCGUGUUUAUUGGAGGAACCAUAAAAUAUAUAGAAAGAACAUGUGCUCUGUAUCUUGCACGCUUCAGUAAAUUCCGUGGUUCCUUGCUCCCGUCUCUUGAUGCUGACCGGGAUAGCGAUGCUCUAAUAAAGAUGAUUUCGGAGCAUAAUAUCAAAUCCCGAGAUGUUGGAAAGCAACAUGAUACCGAUUUGGGCGACAGAGAAGUGAUAAAAGCCGCAUCUUUUUACUUCACAACCCUCAAAGGCCUCCUUGUGGAACUCCCCUUCGGCCUCAGUCAAAUGAACAGAAGCUGGGAAUUUUUCAGAAGCACAACCGCGAAGGAUGCUUUUCGGGUCAUUGAGGCUGAGCUCAACUUCUUUUAUGAUGUUCUUUAUACUAAGGCUGCCGUGGUUCACUGUCCAACAGGGUACCUUUUCCGAGCUAUCUCAGUUGGCUCCGUCGUUACUGCUUUUGCACUUUUCUAUGUCUUGAACAAGCGUGGUUUUCACGAAUAUGAUAUAAAGAUUACGUACACCUUGCUCCUUGGAGCUGUGGGCCUGGAAUUUGUAGCUCUUAGUAUGCUCAUUUGUUCUGACAGGACGUUUGCAAAAGUAGGGACAUCUCAGAAACAUCAUAGAAGUUUGUUUACAGGAUGCAUCUUCAUUAAGUUCCUCCAUAAAUUCAAAUCUGAAAGCUCACCGUUCGCAUUGCAUAUACUACAUGCUAGGUGGUCAAGAUCAAUCUUCCAGUACAAUUUGAUGGAUUCUCGGCUGAGUAGGUGGCCAAAAUGGAUUGAGAAACUCCUUGAUCUCAUCUCUCUGUGGGAAUUUUUUGAUGACUUGAAGCCUGGACGGCGAGUACCAUACACUGAACAAUUAGGUAAACUGAUUUUUGAUGAGCUGAAACGGAAGGGAUCGACUGCAGAAGACAUGGAACGCGCGUUGGAGAUAUGUGCUGCUUGGGGUGAAUGGGCUCUGGAGUAUUCCGAAACAAAGCAAGAUUGCGCAAACUUGCUUCCAUUCGUCCGCACUGUUGAUUAUGAUGAGAGCCUUUUACUGUGGCACGUUACCACCGAGCUCUGUUACAAUAUGGACACUGAGGAAAGUACUGACUUUAACGCUAAUCGUGUAAACAGCAAGGCAUUGUUAGAUUAUAUGCUUCAUCUUAUUAUCAAACAACCUGAUAUGAUGUUUGCAAUCACUGGGUUCGGCGAAAUAAGGUUCCAAUACACUUGUGAUGAGCUGGACAAGUUCCUCAGUAAAAAUUUCUCUGAUGGGAGCAAAAUGAACAUAACGAAGGAAAGUGCGUGCGGAACUCUCCUCUCUGGUGGUCGAGGAGUGGAGCCACCUCUUCGGGGCAGAGCGUGA